AUGGCGCGUGGCAAGCUCGAUCAAUACCGAUGCACGGUCGAAAUCACCGUCCACAUCGCGGGCGGAAAAUGGAAGCCGUUGAUCAUUCACUACUUGCUGAGCGGAACCAAGCGUUUCGGCGAACUGAAAAAGCUGAUCGGCGGGGUCACGCAGCGCUCGUUGACGUUGCAACUGCGCGAGCUUGAGGCAAGUGGCAUUGUCAGCCGUGAAGUAUUUGCCGAAGUGCCUCCACGGGUGGAGUACACGCUGACGGCGCUCGGAAGCACACUGACUCCGACACUAGAAGCGAUGAAGUCCUGGGGCGAACACUACCUGGAGAGCAAGACCCGCAAACGGAAUGGC